UCGGGGCGCUCUGAGGAGGCGAGCACCGCGGGGCGGAGCUCAGCGGGCGGUGCCGUGCCCCGCGCCCCGCACAGCUCCGGGCUGAGCCGCCCCAGCGAGCAGCGAGAGGCGGAGCGUCCCUCAGCCGAGCGAGGAGAGCGGCGGCCGCCACCUCCCUCCACAAGAUGGCGGCGGGGCGGCUGCCGGGGCGGUGCCCGGCUCCCGGCGGGGCGGUGCCGCCGCCGUUUGCUGCGGCCGGCGCGGGGCGAUGACGCGGCGCCGUGCGCCCGGCCGGGGAUUCCCCGUGUUGUUGUCCCGCGGCCCGGCGGGAUGCGAGGCCGGAGCGCGGCGCGGCGCGGCCGGCGCUGAUGGCGACUCGCUGCGGGGCGGCCCGCGGCUCCCGGCCGGGGCCGGGGCCGGACGAGUUCACCGUCCCGGCGGAGAAAAGCCGCCUGCUGGAGGGGAGCCGGGGCCGCAUCGAGGGCUUGUUCGAGGUGCGGCUGGCCGUGCUGGGGGCGCAGGAGGACUGGCGGGCCGCCCUCUCUCCGCCGGGCCGGCCGCCGGCCGCCGCCAGGAUCUGGGUGCAGCUGGCGGGCGGCGGCAAGGCGGUGCGCUGCGCCAAGGAGUAUAUUAAGGGACUGUGUGAACCUGAACUCGAAGAAAAGCAGUACUACCCAAAGGACAUGCACUGCAUUUUUGUUGGCGCGCAGAGUGUGUUUCUCAACAGUCUUAUUCAGGAUACCUGUGCUGAUAUAACGGUGCUGGAAAUAGGACUGCUUAUUAUUAAAGGGGGUGCAGAGGCUGUUGUUAUGGCUCAAAGUCAUGUUCAGCAGUUUGUGAACCUUUUUGAGAAUAAUGAAAGCUUACCAAGUGACAAUGAAUCGGAGAUUAAAAAGCAAUUUAGACAAUUUGUGGAAGCACAUGCAGAUAAAUAUACAAUGGAUUUACUGAUUUUGCCUAGCUCAUUAAAAAGAGAACUCCUAAGUCUCACGCAAACUGAAUGUUGUGAGGCAGAGAGCAAUAUCGUAGAUCUUACGGGUUCUGAGAGUCCAACAGAGUUUUUACAGGACAAAGCUUCCAAAGUAAAUGUUACAAACAGAGAUGGAAGAACAGGUGGUGAAGAAGCAAGAAACAACGCUGGGACACCUGUAACUGAACUUACAAAGCAAAUGGACACGGUGUUUUCUGAUGCUCCUGAGACAAGUUUUGUUCCCAUAAAUGUUGUGCCUUCGUUAGAGGCAGGGGUGUCUAAAGAAAGGCAGUCAUGUAAGAGAAGAUCCUCUGAUGUUGAGGAAAGGCUCCCUAAAAAGCAAUUCUCUUUGGAAAAUGACCAGGAAGUGAAAUCCACCUCCCACAGUGAUCCUUCUGGGAAGGAUGUAGUUAUUGAUUUGCUUUCAGAUAGCUGUGGUGAAUUAGAUGAUCCCAAUUACUUUAUUAAAGAAGAUGAUGAUAUCAGUGAGGAAAUGGAAUACAAGAUUCUUGUGAACUUUUUCAGAACAAUGGGCUAUUCCCAGAGUAUUGUAGAGAAAGUUAUUGGCAUUCUAGGACAAUCUGUGGAACCAUUAACCUUGCUAGAAGAAAUUGAAAAGGAAAACUUAAAAUUUCAAAAAGAACAUGAACUGUCAUCUCAGAAACCCAGAACUAUAAAUCCUCCUUUAGGAAGUAAUGCAAAUAAUUCACAAAAAACAGAAGACAAAGGCAUUUCUAGCAGUAAAAAUGUACUUAAAUCCGGUCAUACUUCAAAGGAGACAAAAAAUGAACAUCACAAUAUAAGAGAUGUGCCAAGUACACAAGCUGAUGGAGAAGAUCAAAUGCAUAUCACGAUAUGCAAACCUGUUUCUCCUGGUAAGAGUUCAACUCAAUGCUGUAAGCAAAGAGAUACAUACUCCUCUGGUAAGAAUCGCAGUUCAACAUCAAGUGAUACAGAAACUGAUGGUGUUAUAACUUUCAGCCCUAUACAGCGUGGAGUUCCAAAAGAUGUUGAUUUUGUAGCCAGAGGGAGCUCGGAUAUGCAACGUGUCUCAGCUAAGACUAAAACUACAGCUCAGCAAAAAUCUGCAGGGCUCUCAGCGGUGCAGAAUCCUCAUCCUGUUGCUGAGGACCAGUUAGGACAGAGCAGCUCUUCUCAAGUGAGAUCACGCAACCAACACCCUUUACAAACAUCAGAUUUUGAAAAACCUACUACAGCCCAUGUAAAAAUACAUCAUUCGAGUCCUGAUAGAGAGACGGUGGGACCACACAGACGUAAUAUUGAUCCUUCAGUUACCGGGGUUCAAAGAUUCAUGGAAUCUCUCAAAAAGCCAUACAGGCUGGAGUUGAAAAACGAACCUGGGAAUCCAUAUUUAAAACAUAUUGUUAUUGAUGGAAGCAAUGUUGCAAUGUCUCAUGGUUUAAAGAAAUUUUUCUCCUGUCGAGGAAUUGCAAUAGCUGUUGACUACUUCUGGAAACGUGGCCACAGAAAUAUUACUGUAUUUGUUCCACAGUGGAGAACAAGACGCGAUCCUUACAUUACAGAACAGGAUUUCUUAACGCAGCUCCAGGAUGUUGGAAUAUUGUCUUUAACCCCUGCAAGGAUGGUUUUGGGAGCAAGGAUUGCUGCUCAUGAUGACAGAUUUUUAUUACAUCUUGCUGAUAAAACUGGAGGUGUUAUUGUGACUAAUGAUAACUUCAGAGAAUUUGUGACAGAAUCAUUUGCCUGGAGAGAAAUUAUUCAGAAAAGGUUGCUCCAGUACACUUUUGCGGGGGACAUUUUUAUGGUUCCUGAUGAUCCUUUGGGAAGAAACGGACCUAGAUUAGAUGACUUCCUUCGAAGUGAAGGCUGUUCUAGAGAUUUUCUGUCAGCACAAAGAGCUUUACAGAACAGUGGACAAUAUUCUUCUGAGACACCUUUCUUCGUGCAAGUCCCCAAACCAACCAGUAGCAGUCGGCAGCCUAAAAACCGAGCACACAGUGAUUGUUCAUCAACGUGGCUUCCGCUGGAAACAAACAUGAAUGCUUGUCUAGCAAUUCCACCCCAGAGAUCUGCCUCAGAAACAGUACAGCUAAGAGAAGCCCUGAGAAAAAUAUUUCCUGAUUAUGAGCAGAGACAAAAGAUUGAUCAAAUACUAGCUGAUCAUCCAUUCAUGAGAGAUCUUAAUGCACUGUCUGCCAUGGUGCUUGACUGAAUACCAUGCAGGGUUUUUAUAUCACAACUGAUCUGAUUAACAAUGAAUGUCAAUGUGAAGAAAAAUGUUGCUCUAUUACUUUGUGAAUAUUCAGAACCUAAUUUUAUUUGUAUAAACAAAGGUAUUUUUGUGUAUGUUCUGUUGCUAAUAGAUGUCAGUUUUUGGUAAAUUAAAAACUGCUGCUACUACAGAUUUGUAUUAAUAUUUUCUAUGAAAAAUUCUUUUGCUUCACUUUAAUUGCUUGUUAAAGCAGUAGCAGUUCUAAAGAACUGCUAUCACUUUAAAUAGUGUGUUAGUGCACACAAAAACUCUAAGGGGAUAAAUCAUAUCUGAAAAUGAGUCAUUUUUAAACCUCUGAUACAUUUUCCAGAUGCAUGGACAAGAUGCUAUAAGAUAAGCCAUGCACCUGUCAAAUAUCGUUGUUUUGUAUCUAUGGUAUAGAUAUUCUUAGAAAACCCAUGCUCUUAUAGUAGUACCUCCUUCACUUACAAACCUUCACACAUCCAAACCUUCACGCUCCAUAAAAACACAAGCAGACCCUUUGAACGUUUCCAGAUGCAAGGGCUGCUUUCCUUAGGCCUGCAUCCAUUAUUUUGGAAAUGGUCUAUACUCCUAAGGUACUGUGGACAACCAUUUGAAGAUCUGCUGUGUGGGAGUCUGGUGUACUGUUGCAGUACUGUCACAAGAUGGCAUUAUUCAUCUGUUGGUUUGUAGUGUUCUAAAGCAAGGUUACUGACCUGUACUCGGUAGUGCUAGUUUUUCUAUAAAGAAAGGUUAAAAUGCAAGACAGAUAACAGUAUAUGUUGCUGUGGUUAAAACCGAACAUUAUAUGAAGAACUUAGGGAUGCUAAGCAGUCUUCUGAUAUUACAACUGACUAGUAAGCUUUGUAUACAUGGCUAAAAUGUCUCUUCUGUCUGUGGACACUGAUCAAAAAAUGCACUUGUUCAUCCAGUUUGUGGGAUACUAUGUUAGAGUAAUUAGAAGUAAGGUUUCAGCAGGAAAAUUUAAAACCACAAUUCCCAUCAGUUGAAGUUACUUGUAAUGCUUUAAAAGAUCUGUGAUGUUAACAUUGCUUUCAAAUUAGAAAUUCUUCUGACCAUCGAUACGCUUUCAGAAUAACUGAAGUAUCUUUAACAAUCUGUGCUGUUUUCUGUUUGUCUUUGCCCUGCCUGUUUGAACUAAGAAUGCUGUGAUUGGCUAUUAACAGAAUGUGAUGCUGUUUAUAUAGAAAUGACACACCAUCUUGAGCAGAACUAAUAGGAUGCAGUUAACAGUCAGCUCCACUCCCUCAAAUAUGUUCUGGGAUCUAGCCCAAAAAAGGGGGGAGGAAAGAGGAUGUAAUUUUCAAAAACUGACCAGUGAGACUUUUGAGAGUAGGAGCAGAGUGAAGAUUAUUGUGCCUGUGAACACACUUAGGUCACGUUGCCCUUUUAACAGGUUUCUUGUGAUAGGUGAUCAAAUACAAUUGAAAAGAAAACAUGGAGUUCAGGGCCUGUGUUAAACUUCUGGCAUGCUGAGCCUUACCCUAAAGCAUAUGAAUAGUGAUUUUUUCUUCAGUAGUGUGCUAAGUUCUGAAAUCACUUUUCUUGGGUGUAAAAGAGUUGGGAAAUACUGAUCAGGUGUUGAAAGUCUCUCCAUCUUUGAUGGCCCUUUCAUAUGCAUUAUGAGGUCAGAAAUAGAAGGCAGUCCUGUUGUUCCCUCAACAGGAGUAGCAGCAAGAGCAAACUAAAAACAUUAGGAACAAUUUUUGCAGCAUCUCAAAAAAAAAUAAUGAGGAUGAGUAAAUUAUUUGAACAUGGUUGUAUACCCAAAUGGGCAAAGCUUAAAUUUUUUUCCUGAGUGGUUGAGGGGAUGAUUCAUGCGUCAGGUGGGCAAAAUUAUUCUGACCAGCACAUCUUUGCAAAGAAGCAGUGGCUCACCUACUAAGUCCUAUGUGUUCAGAUAUGGGCUUAUCUUCUGGAGGGAUAGGAUCCUGAGGAGGACAGUAAUAGUGAGUCUGAUAAUUCUUAGUUCUAUGUUGGCAUGAGACACAGAGAUAUAGGGUCAUCUAAUACCUAAGCAUCUGUUCUAGAAGUUAUCUGGAGAAUAAAGAAAAUGGGCCAAAACCUAUACAAACUAUCCUGUACCUCCUUUGUUUAUCAGUAUAUUCACAACUGAAAAAAAAAAAAAAAAAAAAAAAAAAACGGUAG